ACUUCAUACGUUCAAGGGAGAGCAUUACAUGAAUCUUUCCGGGCUAGUUCGUUAACUAGGUGAAAAAUCCUUUGCCAUUCCUUAUACGUUCUAAAAUACAGUGAGUUAUAUCUCCUGACGCUUAACGAGAACCAUGUCAGUGAAAGAUAAAAGCUGUUAAGUGGGAGUUAAAGGAGGGGUCGCGUUGGUCUUGUAUUGAUCCAGCCAGUGUGGUGGUGAAGGCCCAUUCCGGUGGCCAUGGUGGUGGAGUUGUAAAGUGGAUUUCCAACCACGACAGAAAGCCCGCACCGCCAUGGAGGUGGUUGGGGAAUACGAAUACAGUACCAAAGACCUUAUAGGUCAUGGUGCUUUCGCCGUAGUUUUCAAAGGGCGUCAUAGACAGAAACCUUCUCUAACUGUGGCGAUCAAGAGCAUAACGAAGAAGAACAUAGCCAAGAGUCAGAAUCUCCUCAGUAAAGAAAUUAAAAUUCUUAAGCCAUGGAACGUGCGUCUGGCAGCACUCUCCGGAUGCACCUCCCCUCUACCGUAUCUGGAGCUGACUGAGCUCCACCAUGAGAACGUGGUAGCCCUGUUAGAUUGCAAGGAAACGGCCAACCAUGUUUUCCUUGUGAUGGAGUAUUGCAAUGGGGGCGAUUUAGCGGAUUACCUACAUGCUAAAGGCACCCUGAGCGAAGACACCAUCAGGUUUUUCUUACGACAGCUAGCGGAGUCGAUGCGAGCCCUGUAUGGGAAGGGCAUCGUUCAUCGUGAUCUCAAACCCCAGAACAUCCUUUUGGCUCAUGCUGGCAAACCCAACCCAGCGCCCCACCACAUUACGCUCAAGAUUGCUGACUUUGGGUUUGCUAGAUUCCUUCAAGAUGGAGUAAUGGCUGCUACAUUAUGUGGCUCACCUAUGUACAUGGCACCAGAGGUCAUCAUGAGCAUACAGUAUGAUGCAAAAGCCGACUUGUGGUCAUUGGGAACGAUAGUGUUCCAGUGCCUAGUGGGGAAGGCACCGUUUCAAGCACAAACGCCACAGGCAUUGAAACAGUUCUAUGAAAAGAAUGCAAAUCUUGCUCCAAGAAUACCACCAGGCACAUCGUCAGAAUUGGUAGACUUACUCAUGGGGUUAUUAAAAAGAAAUGCGAAAGAUCGAAUGGAGUUUGAAACCUUCUUCAACCAUCCUUUCAUCCGAAUGGCAGACUCGUCUUCACAGAAAUCUCCACUGCCAUCAGGCUCUCCUCCUGUCCCAAUUUCAGCUCCUUCUCAGACACCAUCGGCAACGCCCAAGCAUGCUAUCCGUGGUGGAGCAGCUGCAGCUGCAGUUGCUGCAGGUGGAGCUUAUGCACCUCUUGCCCAACAGCCUGGACCAAGUCCACCUGUUGGAAAUCUUCCACCAUCACCAGAAGAACUGCGUAUGAGUGUUGAUCAACGAAGUAGCGGCGAUUUACCUUCUACUUCUCCUGCUAGUACAUCAGCCCUUCCAAGACCUACUCCUGUUCCCAGAGUGGUCAAUCCUCCAGCCCAGGAGGAAGCAGAAGACUUUGUCAUGGUGCCCGCCCAACUGCCUAAUGAACCAGAAGCUUCUAAGGUUCCUCAGGGGUGGGGCGGGCGAGUCCUAACAAAAGCUGGCGGAGUAGUUUAUCAGAAAAAUACUCCCCAGUAUGGUCCUCUGACUCCUCAAGUUCCAGCAUCUCCAAGGCCUUCUCAUUUACCUGUGCAAGGAGGAAGCAGUGGCAGCACACAUUCAAGCAGUAGUAGCGAGUCGUGUCGUUCUGGGGAGCCUGUGCCAGUCCCUUCACAACGAGCAACCUUUCAACAAAUGACUUCGUCAGGGUCCUCGGACCAAAUUUCAGCCACAAUUCAGCCUGAAUCACCAAGACAUUCAAAUAUUCCCAUAACCCGACCAUCUCCCCCACCUCGUUCACAACCCAUUAAUAUGAAGAGAGUGUCUGAUCAUAGAGCUCCUGAUGUUGCCUCAUUGUCACCACCGGCUGUUCAGUUUUCAAUUGGCACUCCUCCCAUGUGUGGUCGGAGAAGGUCAACUUCAGGCAGCUCAUACUCAACUACUCCACCAACCACAACUGUAGUGACAGGUAAUACCCAGGUGAUCCCAGGAGGUCGCCUCACCCCCACCAAUUCACCCUUACGUCAGUCCGGCCGGCGUACACCCCCUCACCUGCCUCCCCAAUUGUUUUCAGCCCCACCUGUGCUGCCCCCGAUCCUGGGCUCUCCCACAAAGCAGGGGCUUGGCCAAGAUAAUCCUGCUGGUGACAUCUGUGGCAACACUACCAACCUGCCCCUUACUGCCCCACACCGCGCUAUUACACUACCUGAGAUGACCUCUGUCACACGUGACCUGUUUGCGGGAGUUGGAUUAGACAUGAGUGUAGAUGGUGGAUUACAAAGGUCUAGGACAGAGUCUCAUUUAUUAGAAUGGCAGGCAAGGGCAGCCAGUCCACCCCAUCCAGGCAAGCAGCUUGUACAGUAUGGACAAAGUGCACCUGCGUUUGUAGUACAGAGUACUCCUUUAGGUAUACCUGAUGUACAAGACACUGUUGCAUUUUAUGCACCACCUCUUCACCAAGAAACAUUGAUGGAGAGAGAACACAAUGAAACUCUAGCAAAACUGAACUUUGUAUUAGCACUGGUUGACUGCAUCCUAGAAUUGGCUCGGUCUCGAGCUACACCUAUUACAGCCCUGAGGCAAAAUGCUGCCAUGAGGGAGUCAGUCUCUGGAGGUUGUAGGAAAAGGUUAGUAUUUUGGGCGGAAACUUUAUGCCUGAAAUCCCUCACUACAGGGUCCCCAAAGGAUAGCGAGGGCUGUACUCUACCGUCCCCUCCUCCAGAAUGGCAGCGACGAGCAGAGCAAUUAGUGUUAUAUGUUAGAGCCCUACAGCUGCUUUCCUCAGCUCUAACAAUGGCAAAGCAUGAAAAAAAUGCAAAUCGACUUCAGCCCUCAACAGCUGUCAAAAAUGUUGUUGGUGUGCUGAAUGAUCGUUUUCGGCAAGCAUUAGGCAUAUGCAAGGAACUGAAUAGUUCGGGAGCAGUGACAGCAGUAGAUCCAAGAACGUCCACCAUCACAGCUGACAAGCUCAUUUACAACUAUGCUAUUGAAAUGUGCCAGAGUGCAGCUUUGGAUGAACUUUUUGGAAAACCUGAGGAGUGCUUCCGACGCUACCAAACUGCACAAAUACUCCUGCAUGCUUUGGCACAACAAGUAGCUCAUGAUUCCGACCGCUCUCUUCUUACAAGAUAUAAACAGGCAGUAGAAAAGAGACUAUUUCUUUUACACGAACAAGGUGUUGUUCAUGCUUAUAAUACAAAUGAGGCAUAGAGAAAGUGUUGAAAAUAAGUUAUAGUAAAACGUUUUUUGUAUUGCAAUUGAUGAAACUUUUAUUAUCUGGCAAUCUUUCAUUGUUAAGGCCUAAAUGGCCUUAAGAGCUGUAAAAUUAACUACCAGAAUUAUAAUGGUCUCUCUCCAAAGGAUUAUUUUCAAAAGCUCACUAAUUUGAAUCACCAAAGGUAUGUAUACAUUUCCACCACGACCAGAACAGUAAUUAAUUUUGUUAUACUACUCAAGAAUUGUCAUUUCCUCAACAAUACAAUUUAUGUAUCACUCUGUAUCCUUUGUUCUAAAAGGUGAAGGGCAGGUGUGGAAGUGAAUGCAUACUCUUAGAAAAUUUAUAUAUUUAUGAAUACACAUGUGUAAUACAUAUGCAUAUAUUGUGUGUAUAUGAAUAUAUAGAAUGGGUAGCUAAGUAACCAUCAUUAUGGCCAGGAAAAAUGGGGGAGGGGUUGUUGGUUGUGGGGGGUGGGGUUAGCUGCUGCAAGCUGUUUCGGUCUUGCCUUGUUAUGUGCCAUUGUAGAUGAAUAGUCGGAUAAGGGUGGGGAGGGAAGUGGGAAGUAUAUACUGGGUCAGUUACAAUUUGACAAUUUCAAAGAAUUAAUUUUCUGUAUAUGUAAAAGAAAAUUGGAUUUAUGUCUUGCUAAUUAAUUAGAAUUAUCCUGGAUCAUGUCAUAACCUGAUGUUCUAUGUGCUUAAUAUUUAUAUACAGUAUAUACAUAAACAGUAUCUAUCCAUGUAUGAUGCAGAUAUAUCUUGAUGUUUACAGUCAUGUGUUAACAUGGUUUGUCUAGGUACAUUUGCAUAAUACGACGAUUAAAUAUCGUAUGUUAAUAAUCACUCUUCAACAAGUUCUAAUUAAAAAAGUGUAUUUCCCAUUCAAAUUAAACAUUGCGUUUUAUCCAUGCCAUUCAUAUAGAAUAUCACCAUAUAUGCAUCAUAGUAAAUUGUGUGUGGGUCUUAAAAAUUAUAUUCUCUUAUGAACAAAGGUAUGCUCAGCUGUGGUGCAAACAUAUUUUAAUAAAAAUUAGUUAGCCAAUCAAUUAGUUGCAUGAUUUGCAGUUGAAAGUGCAUAUACUAAAAUGUAUACUUUUUUGUACUGUAGGACCCAUAUGUGCAUUUUUAGUACAGUAUACUGUUUUUGAGGUCAAAGAGAAAUUUGAAUUCUCAUUGUAAUUUGCUAAAGCAUAUAUUCAUUUCAUAUGUAAAUUGACCAUCAUUGUUCACAUAGCAUGAUCAUAAUUUUAAAUCGGCGAUAGAUUAUGAACAAUACGUAGUUUAAUGGAGUAGUGAAUGUACAGCUAAUGUCCCAAUAUACUUUGAGUGAAGGAGUGUGCUGUAUCCUAAUUUCUGCUGAAAAAAUGUAAUUAUCGAAGGCUUAUAUAUUUUACUGUCUAUUCUGAAAAGGCUUUGGAGUUUUGUUUGUAAAAACAGCUCUUAUUUUUAUUCAAGGUUCUAGAAAAGUUUCCGAGCUGGUAGAACAGUUUGAUUUAUGUAUAAUAAGCAACCCAAAACUUCUUGAUAAUUGUAUAUGUUGUAUAAGUACUCAUUGAAAAAUGUGACUUAAUUUGGAAUGAGUGUAUGGGGAAUGGUAUUUUGUUUGUUUGCCUAAGAGAAAUUGGGGUACAAUGAAAGUAUAAUUUGCAAUUGUGCGCAUAACUGAUUAUGUAAACUGCGUAUUCUUCAAAUUAAGUAGAACUGCUAUUGAUUUUCUUUGUUUUCAAUUGAAUGAUUCACUUCUGCUUAGCACUUUGCCUUUUUUUAUUUUAUGUAAAUUUGGCAAGGUAGUGCUACAGCUCAGGGGUACUACAUAAAUCUGUUGGUUAUUUCUAAAAUGAUACUAUGUGCAUUGUGCAUUUUGUUACACUUAUGUAAGUGUACCAUGCUGUGGUUAAUGCCUUUUUAGUGUUCAUGUUGACAGAACACUUUAGUGGUUUAUUAUAUAAUUUUUUUUUCAAAGGGCAUGCCUGUAUUAUGAUUUUUUAAGCAGUCUGCUGAUAAAGUAUUGUGGCAAAAUAAUUUAACUUUAAAUUUACUUACUAAAGAACUAAAUACAUAUAGUGUAGCGUAUUGUUAGGUGUUCAUAUUUCCAGUCAUUUUAAUCAAUGUGUGAAGCUAGUAAGUAAAGUACUUUAUUUCAUUUUGCCUCAUGCAAGUUAUUUUUUAAUAGCUACUUCAAAUAGUAUUUGUUUGGUAACCUAACAGACAUAAUUAAGUGUAGCUUUUACCUUUAUGAAGCAUUUGUGUGAAUUAAGUUGUAAAGAACUGUAAAUAUUUCCACAUUUUGACUGCUUUAUCAGUUACAGUGAUUUAAUUUACAUUUACUGUACUAUAUUUAUUUGUCUUUCAGAUAUUAUAUACAAUUACUCAGGAAAAAAUAGCUUAAGAAUUAAUUGCCACAAAACCUUUUUAUGUUCAGCAUGUGUGUGUAGUAAUAAUGAACCAUUGUAAUUUUUUUUUUCUCCUAAGGCCUGCUUCUAAAGCCCCUUAUAUUUCUUUAAUUUUGUAUUAUACAUGUAUUCAUAUAUUGUGAUAAACUUGUAAUUAGCCUGUACUUACUUUAUGCUAUUCAAAUGGAGAACUACUCCCAACCUCAAGAAAGCAGUCCAUGCAGUGGAAGUCAGUACAUGACUGUCACGACUGUUAGGAUGUGACCUGAGAAGUGAUUACAUUAUCCCCAAGAAGCUUAAAUGAUGUAUAUAUAUACAUAUGUAUAUUUGUGUAUAUAUACACAGUACAGUAGUCUUCUGCAUGAGAGCAGUUUAGAACAUCAUCGUAAAUGCAGUGUUCUGUUAUGCAUGAGAAUUUUAGAAUUAUUCUUGCCUUACUGUAGGUAGUUUCAAAAUGCUAUGUUUUGUUGAACGGAUAAUGUGGCGUUUGUUGGAGACAAGGCUGGAUUCCUUUUCACAUUGUUUUAGGGUUUCCUUAAUUAUGGGAAUUAAGGUACAUUGUAGAAAGAGGUCAUAAUGCGAUGAGGUGGGUUUUCUCGAACUGGAUUUAAAAGAAAAUGGAGAAAUGUUCUUUUGGGUUGAAAUCUUCAUAUGGGUGUGAUCUAGUCCUCCAGUGUAAAAACCCCAAUGCUAGAAUGUUUCAGAGUUAAAGUAACAAUUAUUUGUAGUUUUUGCUUGUUUUCUUUUUUUUCUCUUAGAUUUCAGCUUCUGAUAAAUAAUAAUUUUGCUGAAAACAUAUUCUAUAUUUUGUAUUUAUUCAUAAGACUGCUGCUAUGAACUUGAUAUUUAGAAGUUACUGCUAUAAGUUUUGAAAGUUGGUUAAAAACUCAAAGGUCGCAUGCUUUGUUAUUAGUGUGAAUUGGUUCGGUGGUUUUCAGUCAUACUUUUCUUUCAUGAUUGUAAUUUUACUACUGUGUAAUUUUCUAGUCGAUUUUUUUUUGUGGAUUUUUUAAAACUUUUAUUUUAUUUUUUUUUUUUUUUUUAUAAGGGCAUUUUGGAAGGGUUCAACUCCAGUUUGUCAGUUCAUAUCAUAAUUAUGGGCACUUGAAUUGUCCCUGAAGAUCUCCUGCUUAGUUAUUAAUUGUUUUCCUGUAGUUAGAUUGUCUUGACAACAAGUGCCAACAGCUGUAUGUUGUCAGUUAUUGCAUUUAUGAUUAACUGUGCAAGUGUAGCCAAAUUUUUGUAAUUUUGGCAAAUGUUGCAGUUUAGUCAUGAACUUUAUACAGCACAUCUUGUUGAAUACCUUGCACAUCUUGUGUCUGAGUUACUUUUAUUAUAUGAAACAAGACUUAAGGUUCCUGGUAUUCUGUAAUCUAAUUUUCAUUCUUAAGAAUCAUGUGACUGCAGUCAUGGACAAAUUCCCAUCAUGGCAAGAGAGGUCAGUGCCAUGCGCCUUAUAUGCACUCACUCACAAGGUAGGCUUUGUAGCACUGACCCUUGUCCUGGCAUCUGCCAACCACAGUAUCUGUGAUCUGUUUGAUUUUUGUUAGUGAGAUUUUUUACAUGGUGACUCAUUGCAUUACUGUAAGAACUGCAAGAGCUAAAUAAUGUAUAACAGUUUUCUUAUAGUCAAUGCACAUCUCAUUACAAUGCUGCUAUGUAUGUGUUUAUUUCUUAGCUUUUUUGUUUUCAUUUUUGUAGUUAAUUUUGGUAUAUAUGUUGAUAAAAGAGUCAGUGUGAUGGCUGACUUGAGCAUGAAUGUGCGUUGUAUAUGGGUCGGCUCUGCUUGGGCAUCUGAUAGUGCCCAGCUGUAAACGAAUUGUUUGUUUUGGCAGAGCAGCACCCAGCCUCUGUAGUUAAAAAAAAUAAAAAAAAAGAGUGUUGGCAGUAUUACAAGACCCAGAAUAUAUUAUUCUUACGUGUAAUGUAAGAUUUGAAAGAAUUGGUGCAUUUUGGUUUUGGUAAAAAACAUGAAACCUUUGACAUAGUGUCUCCUGCUCUGAUUUUACCAAUUUCAAAUUGUGCUGGUAAUUGUACAGAUUAUAGUUGAAAAUUCCUAUUUUAAAAAUUAUAAAAAUAUCAAAAUGUCAAAAAAUAAUACUGCUAUGUUGGACUGCUGUAGUGGCAGGGCAUAUCGCAGGUCCUGUAAUACACUAGAUGCCUUUAUGUAAAUGUGAAGCAGAUAAACAGCAUUGUGUAGAGUACUGUAUGUAUUGUAGGCAAGUAUGUUAUGCAGUGUUCCUCUCUUGGUAGAUCUCAGUCAGGUUGAUAGGUUAUGUUAAUUUAGGAGGAGCACAUGACUACCAAAGAAAGGACUGUAGAGACAUACUGCAUUACCCUACGACCUGUGUUUGUGUAAAUAUAUGAAAAAGAUACAGGUAACAUUAAUUACUCUUGCAAUUAGUACAAUUGCCCAGCUUGGGCUAUUUUAUAUUCUUAUUAUAAACACAAUAGAGCAAAAAAUAAAAAAGAAAUAAAGUCUGAAA